AUGGCAUUAUCAGGACAACCCUCUAGCGCCCUGGGCAAAAAUCUACGGUCACUCCUCGCCCGAUUUGAGGUCGACGAGGUCCCUGACGUGGUGGCCCUCCCUGCCUCCCUCCCCUCUUCCCAUCUCCGUCUGUGGCCCUGUUCCCCGUCCAUCUCUGGCCCUUUCCCCAAUCUGGCCCUCCCGCAUGUGGCCCUGUCUUACCCUUUAAAUGUGGCCCUCUCUUCACCUUCUCAGAUGGCCCUCCUUUGCCUCUCGUAUACGAUGGUGGUCAUAAGCAAAGGAAAGGACAUUUUUCGAUUCAGUGCCACAGACGCCAUGUGGAUCCUUAGUCCCUUCAAUCCUGUUCGGCGGACAGCCAUUUUCAUUCUCAUCCAUCCCCUCUUCAACCUGUUCAUUAUCUGCACCAUCUUAGCCAACUGCGUCCUCAUGAUUGUGCCGGCCACGGAGAAAGUAGAGGCUUCAGAAGUUCUCUUCACAGCAAUCUACACCUUUGAGUCUGGUGUGAAAGUAAUGGCCAGAGGGUUCAUUUUAGAAGGGUUCACAUAUCUACGCGACGCCUGGAACUGGCUGGACUUCAUAGUUAUAGCCUUAGCAUAUGUGACAAUGGGCAUUGACCUGGGUAACCUGGCAGCCUUGAGAACCUUCAGAGUACUGAGAGCACUGAAGACUGUCGCUAUUGUCCCAGGCUUGAAGACUAUCGUGGGUGCUGUGAUCGAGUCUGUGAAAAAUCUACGUGAUGUCAUUAUCCUUACUGUGUUUUCGCUCUCAGUGUUUGCCUUACUUGGACUACAGAUUUACAUGGGGGUAUUGACGCAAAAGUGUAUCAGAAAGUUUAAUUUUAGUAAAGAACAUUGGACACACGAAGAGUGGUACAACUUUACUUGUAACGAAACAAAUUGGUACGUGGAUGAGGAUCUAGGCGAAAAGCCAUUGUGCGGCAACAGUAGUGGUGCAGGGAAGUGUCCGAAAGACUACAUAUGUUUACAAGGCUUUGGCCCCAAUCCCAACUAUGGGUACACAAGUUUUGACACCUUCGGCUGGGCCUUCUUAUCAGCUUUCCGACUGAUGACCCAAGAUUUCUGGGAGAGUUUAUAUCAAUUGGUGCUACGUGCGGCCGGACCUUGGCACAUCCUGUUCUUCGUCUUAAUCAUCUUCAUGGGUUCAUAUUACCUGGUGAACCUCAUUCUGGCCAUCGUCGCCAUGUCCUACGAUCAGCUGCAGAAGAAGGCCGAAGAGGAGGAAGAAGCUGCUCUUGCAGAAGAAGAGGCCAUUCGCAAACAACACGAGGAGGCGCAGAAGAUGCACGACAUGGCGAUCCUAAUGGCACAAGGCGAGAUCGAGGGGUCUGUAGGCAAGUCCCCCUCCAUGUUCUCCAGCAGGUCCUACGGUCUGUACGUGGAUCCCGUGGAUGGCAUUGACGAUAACCAGAAGGAGAGUCUGUCCGUGAAGAGCGAAGGAGGCGAGUCAAUCACGGACUCGAAGCCAUCACGCCCCAACGGAAAACUCCCAAGGAAGGAUUGA